CAAGCACGGAAAUAACUAACAGCUGUUCUACAAUAUUCGUUCGGGCAACUCAGGUAGCAGCUGUAUUCGGACCAAGACGCAGCCGUUUUCCUUGGAAUUGCGAUUGUUUGGGCACAGAAUAGUGGCUUUCUCAUUGUUUAAUGCUUCUUUGUAUGGAACGAAGUAUUUCAAUUUUCAAAGUUUAUUGUGAUAUUGUUUAAUGCGAUAACGGUGUUGCAAGUGCGUGAAAUAUAAAAAGCGUAAGAUAUUGGUGAUGUUUACCAAAAUUCGUUCGUUGUUAUUGUGAGUCUUGAUUAGUUGAAAUGUCUCGUGAAUACGUGGACCGCGAGGAGAGCAGAGUGUUAUGUCAAUAGAAUCUCGACGCGUAGAUAGCAAUAUUAGUUUUAUAUUUGAUAAGCCUAGGACGAAAAGUUUAUAAAAAAUGUCUAGUACGGUACCAACCAGUUCUGCUUUGAGGGCUUUGGCCUUAGAGUAUAAAAGCUUGCAAGAAGAGCCCGUCGAAGGAUUCAGAGUGAAAUUAUUGGGAGAGGACAAUUUAUUCGAGUGGGAAGUUGCAAUAUUUGGACCGCCAGAUACAUUAUACCAAGGCGGAUACUUCAAGGCGCACAUGAAAUUCCCUCCAGACUACCCAUAUUCUCCACCAUCUAUUAGAUUUUUAACAAAAGUUUGGCAUCCAAAUGUUUAUGAGAACGGUGAUCUCUGUAUAUCAAUCCUGCACCCGCCAGUCGACGAUCCACAGUCAGGGGAGUUGCCCUGCGAGCGCUGGAAUCCAACCCAGUCUGUUCGCACAGUGUUGCUCUCGGUUAUAUCGCUCCUGAACGAGCCGAAUACCUUCAGCCCAGCUAACGUUGAUGCGAGCGUCAUGUACCGCCGCUGGCGUGACUCGAAGGGCAAGGAUAAGGAGUAUGAAAACAUCAUCAGAAAACAAGCUCAAGUGGCGCGCAUGGAAGCGGAAAAGGAAGGAAUAGUAGUGCCGCUUACAUUAGAAGAUUAUUGCAUUAAAACUCGAGUCAAGGCAACAGCGCACGAACCACAGCUGGAUAUGACAGACUUCUACGACGACGACUAUGACCUUGAUACAGAUUCAGAAGAUGAAAUCGAGGGCGCAGAAGAUGGAGAUGACAGUGGCAAUGGGGAAUCGUGAGGACGCGUCCCGAAUGAUAUAGACACGCAAACAGCUACAACUGACAAAGAUUUAAUCAAAACAGAGAAUGACGACAAAAAUUCAAUGCGCCAUACACAUUUUCGGCAUUUUUUCCCGCGCACGCGUGACUUUUGAAACUUUGACAGCUGUCAAACGUAUUGUCGAUGGUCGUCAAUUAUUGUGAGCUGUCUGCGUCAUGCGUAUUCGCGUCACAACGAAAGCGAUCUCCUGCGAACGCGUACGGAUAGCUAAAUGAUUCAUGACAAGAAUAUGAUACUUUACACUCAGAUCACAAAAGAUCGACGUUAAUUGGCUUAUGACAUCAUUCACACGCAAAGUAAAGUUAAAAAUAUGUGCUUUGUCUGUAGAUUAUUGUUCAUAGGAAUACGAUUUGAAAAUGUUCCAUGCACUGUGUUGUGGUAAAAAUGAUGUAUCAAUCAUUAAAAUAUUAUGUAUAUGUUGCUUAAUAUUAUUAAUGUGGUCAUGUCGUUAAUAGUACAAUAUAAAAAGCGAUGCUAUUUAAAAAUCCCAAUUUUAAUUUUAUUAUUUUUAUUAAUUAGAAAUUCUAAAGUAACACAACAAGUUCUUAAGCAUCUGCUUUGUAUUUUAGAAUAGAAUCAAAUUUUAACUAUUACCUAUGAUCAGAAAGUCCUGUAUCCAAUGGGCGAAACAUUUAUAACACUAACUGCCAACCUUGCCAACUUGAACAAUCAUGACACUAUAGUAAUGAAUUUUUGACAUGAAUACAAUAAUAUAUUAAAUUAGAUUGUAAAUUGUAUCCAAUGGAAAAAAAUAUUUUUUUUUAUUCUAAUUUGACCACUUGUAUGCAGAUCUGGAAUUUAAAUAAAUAUUGAAUUAAGUCCGUACCGUUUGCUUGAACUGUAUAGUUAAUUUUACAACUAACAUAAGAUAUCUGUAAUGUUUUUUUUUUAUUUUUUCCUCUAAUAAAUUUUAGAAAUAACUAGCCAAUUUUGUGAUUGAUAUAAUUUUAAUUGAUGCAUUACACAUGGUAUGAUUUCUGUAUACAUUGUAUUCACGUAUAUCCGUAAUAGAAUACCAAUACCCAAUAUACAUAUUUUGUAUAAAACUCGUCAUAAUACAUUUCGACAAGGUUAAAACAUUGGUUAUGUCAUUAGAUAAUAUAGAACGUAAUUCACAACCAGCAAUUUUCACGAUAUAGUUACAUUUUAAACAAGAAAGAUUGCUUUAGAUAGUAAACUGGCAAGUGGCGUGAAUAUAUUUCAGAAAAUAAUAGAAAGUUUAUACCUUUAAAUUAAACACAAGUAUUAAAUGACACUAUAUUCUCAUUAAUUUGCUUUUCGUGUUAUUUUAUACAUCUAUACAUAUAAAAAAUUAUAAUUAUUCUCAGAGUACUUGCAACUUUUGCUAUGUAUUAUAAUACUGCACUAUGUACAGAAGGUAAUGCAGACUGUACAGAAAUCUAUCGAAAUAAUAUUCAGUAAUUAUUCAGAUUUAAAUAAUGCUCAAAUCAAGAUUGUGUAUGAUAAUAAUAAAGGAGAUACAGUACAUUUUAAGGUAUAAUCAAAAAGUACUUGCAUAUUAUAUUAUAAUUAUAUUAUUAGCGAUACGUAAAAACGAAAUUAUAUAAGUGAUUAAUGACUAGUGUGCAGUAAACUAAGUUAAAUUUCAUAGGUCAUUGUGAAUUGUUUGACUCUAAGGCUUAGAUUACAAAUAAAUUGGCUUAAAUGAUUUGUGAUGUUCGUGCAUAGCGUCUGAACUCUUUAACAGCACUAAAAUACCGUAUUUAACGGACCUGAGACCAUUAUGUUAGUCUUAAUGACUUUGUAUUGCUGAAACAAGUAAAUAUCUAAUUAACAAUGCAUGAUCUUGUAAAAUGGCUUUUACUAUGUAUAAUACGAUAAAUCAUCUCGAUUCUGUUGAAGUUUAAUCUUGAUGUGUACCAGUGAAGUAAAAUUUUAAAAACAUUGUUUGCCACAAGAAUGGCCCUAGACAAACAAGCUCACAACUUUUCCUCUUAAUGUACUAGUGUAAAUAAAAAUAUUUCAAUAUACUGAUGUACUUUAGAUUUAACUGUGCUUUAGAAAUAUACGUUUAUUUUAUGGCAUGUCUAUUUGAAUUAUUAAUCGUAACUUAUGUUUAGUUAAAUCAUUUUAAAUGGCUUAUGAACUAAUGUAUUAAGAGACACAUGUCAAAGGUCGUCCGAUAUCGAUUAAUUUCAAUCUGUAUAGUAAGGUUUAUUAAAAUUGAAGUAGAGACGUUCACAAUGGAAAUGUUAUUAAAUUUAUUAUGUAUUCAGUAAUAAAAUCAUGUGUUUGAAAGAGA